AUGGAGCAGAUAGGUGUGAGUCCCUCCGGCACGGGCAGCUACAACGGCCGGGGCGGGGUGGUGCGGCAGAGUAUCGACGGCACCGGCUUCGUGGACUCCGCGGCUGGGGCGCCCAAGGAGCUGCAGAUUCAGUUUCACAAUGAGAUGGCUUACGCCACCGAGUUCCCAAAGUACGUGACCUUCGCCAUGGUCCGCCAGGCAGAAGAGAAAGGGACCACCACCUUGGCGGACAACCUGACGGUCCAGAAGAAGCUCUCGGCCGGUCUGCUGGCGAAGUUUCGGGACCUCGGGGUGCAGUACGUCCGCCUGCUGCACGACGAGGCGGAGAAGGAGGCAGCGGACUUCUACAACUCUUGGCAGGGCGCCUUCCAAACGCAGUCCGUGGAGGAGGCCAUGCGAAAAGGCAACAGCAAGUCCACGUUUUCCAUUUUGCAGCGGCACGACGAGCGGCGGCUGAAGCACACACUGUGGUGCCCAGUCUUUCAAAAGCACCCCACGCAUGGGGAGCUGUUCUUCAACUCUGUACUGAACCGGCACGGCUCCUGGCUGGACGGGCACGCGGUUUUCGGCUCGCUGCCGCUGAGUGAGCGGCCCUACCACUGCCUUUGGGGCGACGGUGCUGAGCUGUCCGAGACCGAACUGGAGGAGCUCCGGGCCGUGUACGACGAGAGCACGGAGUACAUCCGCCUCAGUCCAGGAGACGUUCUUGUUCUUGACAACCUGCGAGUGGUGCAUGGGCGCACCCCCUACAGCGGCAGCAGAUUGCUGGGGCUGCUGCUCUCCGACAUGGUGCCGCGCGACCCCUGUCGGCCACCGCCAGCUUUUGCAGAACUCUUGGAGUAG